AUGUUUGUUAUUUUGCAGUAUGCUGGUACUGAUGCGCUAAAAGGCGAUGUUACACGCAGUGGACAACGAAAUCUGGUUGGUAUGGUUCGGGAUGGCUAUAACUCAGCAUCACGCUACUAUCUGUGUCAUAUGAGGGACGCACAAAGGCAACAUGCUAUUGAUGCCUGCCUUGGUAAGCUUUCCACACGAAAUUGGCUAGGUGCGCUGAAAUGUAAGUGUUGA